AUAGCACGACCAGCUGACACAGCAGGCAGCACAACUUCAGCUGCCCUGGCAUUUCAGGCACCCCUGCCACAGACUUUAAACCAAGCCCCAGCUCAGCUCCAGACAUGCACAACAUCCCUGGCAGCACCAUGAGUCCUGGAGUUUUCCUCCUCCUGGGCCUCCUCAUCCUCAGGGCGGAGCCGAUCGUAACACCAGAGAAGGGCGGGGACUCCCAGAAACCGUGGAGGUGUCCGCGGGACUUCAUGCGCUGCUUGCGUCUGGAGGCCCCGCUCUGUGCCAAUGACUCCAGCUGCCCCGCUGGGCUCAAGUGCUGCCACUGGGAGUGCCGGCUGCGCUGCAUCCCCCCGGCAGAAGAGAAGCCCGGUGCCUGCCCGGCAGCAGCCCCCGAGGGACUCAUUGCCCCCUGCUCCUUCCCCUGCCUGGAGGACAAGGACUGCCUGGGAGCGCAGAAGUGCUGCCCGCUGGGCUGCGGCUCUGCCUGCUUGGAACCAGCGCAGGACCAGCCCAAGCCCAGCGAGGGCCCCACGGUGCAGCCAGGAUCAUUCCGGGAGCGGUGCCGAGGGGACGGCGACUGCCCCGACGCGCAGAAAUGCUGCAACAGCAGCUGUGGCCACCAGUGCCUGCCAGGAGUGCCGGCCGAUACCAGCCCUGCCCCAGUCACUCAAAGGCCACUGCAGCACCAGUGGGGUUGCCUCAAUGACCAGGACUGUCCCCCAAACUACGUGUGCUGUCACCAGCUGUGCAGCAGAGACUGCGUGGAAAACAACCAAGGGAAGGACGGAUUCUGCCCAGUUCGCGCCGGGCUGUUCCCCAGUUACAACUGCAGAGCCUGGUGCUGGCACGAUGGCGAGUGUCCCCACGAGGAGAAGUGCUGUCUCCGCGGCUGCGACUAUGUCUGCCUGUCCCCAUCCCAAGAGAAACCAGGCAUCUGCCCGCUGGCUGAAAAGGAUCUGCUGGCUCCGUGUGGCACCACCUGCACCAAGGACUGGCAGUGCCCGGGGGCUGAGAAGUGCUGCAGCAACAGCAGAUGUGGCUACGUGUGCUCAGCCCCUGAACCAGACAAACCCGGUGAGUGCCCAAAGUUGAGGCCACAGCACACAUCGGAGCGGUGCACGGAGACGGAUUCCUGCACCCACGACAGGGACUGCUCCCGGCAGGAGAAGUGCUGCUUCUCCGGCUGCGCCAUGCGCUGCACCCGCCCUGCCCAAGAGCACCCCGGCGAGUGUCCCCAGGCAGAGCCGUGCUGGGACCCGCGGCGCCGGCGCGGCAGCCACUGCCUGGAUGACAGCGUCUGCCGGCGAGAGGAGAAGUGCUGUGACACCGGCUGUGGCUGGGAGUGCAUGGCCGUGCCCAGAGACAGCGGGGACAAAGCUGAUGGCCAGUGUGUGGAGGAGUGCCAAGCUGAUUCACAGUGUCCCCGGGGACAGCGAUGCACCAGCAUCGGCUAUGGCCACGUCUGCAUGGACAUCCCUGGAGGCAGAGUGGGAGUAUGCCCCAUCCCCAGGGAGGGGGGCACGUGCUUGGACCUGUGCAACUUCGACGAGGAGUGUCCCUGGGGCCACAAGUGCUGUAGUAAUGGCUGUGGCCACGUCUGCAUGCCAGCCUCCCUGCAAGAUGCUGUGUGAUGGGAGAGCAGCUCCUCUGCAGCAGGAAGAUGCUUUCAUUAGGGGACAUGGGACAGUCAUGAGCCCCAGCUGGCCUGUCCCCUCCCCACUACCUCCAGCAAUAAAGUGUGUGCUUAACUGCC